AAUAAGAGAAAUUAUACACAGGGAUCGUGAAAUUUCUAUUGUUUUUGAAUACGCGGAAUGGGAUUUAAAACGCUUUAUGGAUUUCCGUGCAACAAGUAUUUCACCCUCUGAUGGUUCGCGCAAACUUCCUAUGCCACUUGCUGAGUCAUUCUCUAAACAACUUGCGGAUGCGGUUUUAUUUUGCCAUCAGCAUAAAGUUUUUCACAGAGACUUGAAACCUUCCAAUAUCCUUAUAAAUAAGGAAGGCUUUGUAAAACUUGCGGAUUUUGGGCUGGCAAGGACAUUCUCCAUACCUGAUCGAACCUAUUGUCAUGAAGUCGUAACACUAUGGUAUCGGGCCCCAGAAAUAAUUUUGGGGUCUAAUAACUAUUCUGAUGCCAUUGAUAUUUGGAGUUUCGGUUGCAUUUUAUUUGAGAUGGUAACUGGAGAAGUGCUCUUUGCAGGAGAUUCUGAAAUUGACCAAAUAUUCCUUAUAUUUCGCUUGUUUGGGACACCAGACAUAAACAGUUGGCCAGAAAUCGAAAGUUUGCCGGACUUUCAAAAAUCAUUCCCAAAGUUCCCCAAAAAAAAUACAUUGUUUGAUCUACCCAAUGCUGAAUUAAGCUCUUUUAUAAAGUAUGGGCUAUGA